AUGGCUCAGUAUUAUCCCAACCAGCAGCAGCAGGGCUACGCGCCCCAAGGCAACGCACAGAAUCUCCAGUUCUUCCCCUCGUCCUACUCCUCAGUCUCCGGCCACACGACCCCGUCACAAGCCUCCUAUGGUGCUGGGUUCGGCGGCGCGCCGAAUCCUUCGGCGCAAGCCUAUCCCGUUAGUGGAGGCUAUGGGGGCUUCGGGUCUCCGGCGGCAGGCGUGAGUGGGAGGAUGGGAGAGCAGGGUGGUUUGCGGACGGGCUGGUUGGCUGCGUUUGGGACGGAGGGUUAUGAUGGUGAACCGCCGUUGCUAGAGGAGCUGGGUGUUAACUUUGAGCAUAUUCGGACAAAGACCCUGACCGUCCUUAACCCCUUCGCCUCCAUCGACAACCACCUCAUGGACGACAGCGACCUCUACGGCGCGCUCCUCUACAUCGUUCUCUACGGUACCUUCCUUCUCCUCUCUGGAAAAGUGUUCUACGGCUACAUCUACGGCGUCGCCGUCUUCGGCACCAUCGCCCUGCACCUCAUCCUCAGCCUGAUGUCUCCAGCCCUGGACGCCGCACCAACCCCCAGCGCCGCCGACCCCGCAAACUACAACCCCCACCACAAGUCCUCCCUCUCCGCCGCCUCCGCCGCCGGCCAUUUCUCUGCGACCCUGACAUUUCCCCGCUCCGCAAGCGUCUUGGGCUACUGUUUCCUCCCGCUCGUCCUGACCGCUCUCAUUGGUAUCUUGAUUCCUAUGGAUACCCUGUUCGGGUAUCUCUUGACUACGGCGGCCGUGGGCUGGUGCACGUACAGCUCGUCGGGCAUGUUUUGUGCCGUGGCACGUAUGAGCGGUAUGCGCGGCCUGGUGGCCUAUCCGCUGGCGCUAUUCUAUGUUGUCUUUGGAAUUAUGGGCAUUUUCUCGUCCCGGGGGACGGGCUCACUGGCUGCGAAGACGGGUGCUGCAUGA